UUGUGAACUAAUACAUUUUAAUUACCGCUGACAUGCAGUGAACAGUGCCCACAGUUACACAAUAUAAGCCUAGUUUCCAUAUUUUACAUAAUAGAUGUAAUGAAACAAUCAUGGCCUUCACAUACGCUGUGUUUUCUGGUGUUUGUUCAAGUUCUGUAUGUAUCUGGACACCAGAAACCAAAUAUUUUAUUAAUUGUAGCUGACGACUUAGGAUUUAAUGACGUUGGUUAUCACAAUCCAGAUAUAUAUACACCAAACAUUAACAAACUUGCUAAAGAUGGUGUUAUAUUGGAAAGUUAUUACGUUCAACCUAUUUGUACACCAAGCCGCAGUCAGUUAAUGACAGGCAGAUACCAAAUACACACCGGCCUCCAACAUAGUGUUAUAUUUGCACCACAACCUAAUUGCUUGCCAGUGGAUGAGAUUAUUUUGCCACAGAAGCUGAAGGAAGCUGGAUACACAACUCAUGCUGUUGGGAAAUGGCAUCUUGGAUUUUAUAAGAAAGAAUGCUUGCCUACAAGUCGAGGUUUUGACACUUUCUAUGGUUACUACUGUGGGGCGGAAGAUUAUUAUACAAAACAGGUCCAUGCUAAUUUUCACUUUGGCAACAAAACCAGAAGAGUUUCUGGCUUUGAUUUCCAUGAUAAUAGUAGAACUGAAUGGGAGGCAAAUGGAACGUACUCAAGCUAUUUAUACAGAGAUAGAGCUGUAAGGAUAAUAAAGUCUCACAACUCCUCAAUACCUUUGUUUAUGUACCUGCCAUUCCAAUCUGUUCAUUUCCCAUUGCAAGUGCCUGCUAAGUAUAUUAAGAGGUACCGGCAUAUUAAAGAUAGGAAGAGAAGAACUUUUUCAGCAAUGGUAACGGCUAUGGAUGAAGCUAUUGGCUCAGUGGUUGAUGCUUUGAAGUGGAAGGGGAUAUGGCAAGAUACAUUGGUGGUGUUUACUACUGAUAAUGGUGGGCAGACUUUAUUCGGCGGUAAUAACUGGCCUUUAAGGGGAAGGAAAGCAUCGUUAUGGGAGGGUGGGGUAAGGGGGGUGGGGCUGGUGCGUGGGUAUGGUAUACGAGACAAGGGAAGGUCUAGUAAUGAACUUGUUCAUAUUUCCGAUUGGUUUCCUACAUUGCUCUAUAUUGCUGGUGCAAAUGCAUCAGGCACUAAACCCUUGGACAGCUACAAUGUAUGGGAUGCUAUUGCAAAUAAAGAUGUGGUCUCACCACGUGUGGAACUUCUCCAUAACAUUGAUCCAUUAUUUACACGACCUUAUACACCAACACCUAAACUUAUACCUUACCCAAAUAAGCAUGGGGUAAAUACAACUAAAGGUCAUGCUGCUUUACGUUACAAACAUUGGAAGUUACAUACAGGUGAUCCAGGAUAUGAUAAAUGGGAUUUACCACCCACAAAAUCAUAUUGUAACCUUAGUGGUAUGCAUACAAACACUAACAGUAAGUACAAGUCAACACAUUUAGUACCGAGUGUCCAUCUGUUUGACAUCGAAAACGACCCACAAGAACGUAAAAAUCUUGCCCAAAUUUAUCCAAAAGUUGUGGACUUACUGCUGGGAAAGAUAGCAAUGUACAAUAAAUCUGCUGUGCCAAUAAAUUUCCCACCUUAUGACCCUAAAAGUAAUCCAUCUCUUCAUGGAGGAGUUUGGGAACCCUGGGAAUAAAUAUCUUGAACUGCCGUUUAUCAGAUUUAAUGCAGUGAUGAAUCAUUAAAUCCUACACGAAAAAUGUUGGGUUUUUCGAAAAAUCAAUUUUGCAAAUUCGAUUCAAAGUUUGCUAGCACGUCAUUUUUAAUCAAUACUGGUCCACCAAAAUCUCACAAAAUUUUAAACAAAAGACCAUACAAAAAAAUUAUUUUCAUUCCCAUUAGGUGUUACAUUGUGCAACACAUUAUGAAUGUACUAUAUUAUGUCGUUGCAUUUUCCAUGUUUUAAAAUCAGUGUUUCUUCUAUUUUUGUUUACAUUACUACGCAACAGUGUCAGUGAGCAUUCAGUUUUAUUAAUAUGGUUGCCAUUUUUAUUCAUUUGGUUACCAGAAUAAAAUAUACAUAACCAGUAACCACAUAAUACAUCUAAGUUGCAUUUGUUAUGUUACAUUUUCA